GAGGAAGUGGAGAUGGCUUGGAGCCGGUCGCCGCCGUCUUCUGAUGCGGCAGGCCGCCUCGCAUGCACUCCGCCGCAGAGUCUGAGUGCGCCGUCGCAUGUGGAGGAGGUGCUGCAGAUGGAAGAGGAUGAAGAUGCAGGGGAGCAAGACGCAGAGGACAAGGAAGAGGAGGAAGAUCCUAAAGAGGAUCCUCAGGACCGGGAUCAGCAGGAGCAGGAACAGAGAAUCUUCAAGUCUUCAAGCAUUUCGCCAAGCCCGGGCCCGGAGGGCAAUGCAGUCGCAAACGAAGCACUUCUGCAAGAGGGCAGUGGCAGUGCCUCCUCGGGGCUGGGCCGUGCUGACGGAGUUCCUGCACCUCUGAGCCCAUCGUCAACGAAGGUAGACUUCGUGCAAGAUGUGCCAGAGUGCGAAAGCCCGGGGCCAACGAAC